AUGAAAUUAACAUUUCUAGUGCUGUGCAUAGCCCUUUUGGGUUCUAAUGCCGUGGUCAAUGGCUUUUUCUUUGGCGGCAAAGGUGGUGCCAAUGGUGGCGGCGGCUUUGCUGCCAAGCUCUGUGCCAUGGGUAAGACCCAAUUUUGUACCACCGCACCCACGGUUGCUCCCACAACAACGACCACGACAACAGGACCCACUGCACCAACCACGCCAACAACUCCAACCACCACAGGCACUGGCACUGGUACUGGUACAGCACCAACUAAUACGGCUACUACAACUUCAACUGGUGCUGGAACUUCACCCACUGGUACAGGAACUGCUCCAACUGGCAGUGGUACUUCACCUACUGGAAGCGGUGGUGCUACACCUCCUGCAACAGCCACAGCCACCGCUACAGCCACAGCCCCUACAGCUCCAGCACCAACCUCACCACCUGCCGGAACAGCACCAGCACCCACAGCUUCGGCACCAGCACCCACAGCUACGGCGCCAGCACCAGCACCAACAGGUACAGCACCAGCCCCAACAGGUACAGCCCCAGCACCAACAGCCCCAUCACCAACUCCUCGUGCCUUGGCUCUGGAUGAAAUUGAGGAGAAUGAAAUUGAAGCCGCCUCCCUUGAUGAGGAUGAUAAUGCCCUGGCCGAUGAUGAGGAGGGAGAACGCGCUCGUCGCCAUCGUCGUAUGCGCCGUACUCGCCGUCGCAACAGUCGCAACAAGGCUCGUCGUAAUCGUAAAAUCCGUCGUAAUCGCAAAAUCCGCCGCAACCGCAGACAUCGUCGUCAGCGUAAAAAUCGUGCUGUAAGACGUCGUCGCAUCAACCGCCGCCGCAGAAAUAACCGAAGUGGUUAA